GGGGAUUACAGUGUCACACAGCAGGUGGAGAGAUUACUGAGGGAAAGAACCAGACGCGAACCGACCACAUAAUCAAAAAGAACAUUCGAUGAGGAAGAGAGGAAAUAUCAGAGACCCAAUCCGCUCUGAAUGCGUGAAAAGUGAUUGUGCAAACCAUGGUGGAGCCAUUGGAACCUGAUGACCAGAGUAAAUUCAGAGAGACACAGUUUGAAACCCCUGAUGCAGCCUCUGAAGCACCAUUUCUACCUGAACAAGUUGAUAAUAGAGAGAAAGAUGCUGGUGUGGAUUUCAGUCUGCAGACAGAACCCAGUCCUGAACCCGUACCGAGCUCUGAAGAACUACAACAGCCACAAAACAACCAGAACAGUCAACCAGAAGAGGUAAAACUUCAUCUGGAUCUUUUCAAUUUUUACUCGCCUGCUGCAGAAGGCAGCCGUUAUGUUCUGACAAGCCCUCGCUCACUUGAGGCAUGCGCACGCUGUGGGGUGAAACCUGUGGAACUUCUCCAACGACCACUGUCUGAUUUUGCCCGCGAGGCACCCGGUCACAGCAUGCGUGUCGCCACUGGAAUGUUUGAGAUAUACGAGAGAGAUAGACAUGCUAAACUACGACAGUGCAGAGAGGAGAGAGAGCGAAUUAUUAGAGAGGAAAAAAGAUGGAUUCUACAGGCAGCUCUCAACAACAACAGUAGUUUGAUGGCUUCAGAGAAGUCACAAGAUCCUAUUAAUGCUGGAUUGUCUCAGCAAGCCAAUCACAGUUUAACUAGUUCAGGGCCAGCUCCUAAAAUGUCACCUGCUUGUAGUGGUGUAUCCAAAAAAAUGUCCACAUCAACAACCCCUAAAUGUACAACAUCAGGAUCAGGAAAGCUUACAAAAAGUUCAGCAUCCAGCUGUCCUCUUGUCUCAAAAUUUAGUUCGGUAAACUCUGAUCACACUUCUAAAGGAACAUCUGUAAAAAAGCCCAAGUCUUCUCCCGAAGCAGAACUUGAGGGAAAACCUCCAGGCUCAGUGAUCCAACGGUCAAUACAGUCUGCUCCAGCAGGGCAGGGCCCAAAGAAAACCUCCAUUACUCCCACAAAAGCUGCAAAUACUUUCCCCAGAUCAAUACCAAAACCUUCUUUUCCAAGGACAUCGACUUCUCUUGCUCCAAUAGUGUCAAGAUCUGCUGUCCAUAGUCCUGCCAGUGCCAGCACUACUCCAUUUGCACAGCAAAAUGGACAUGUCAUUUCCAAAUCAAAGGUUAGAUGCAGAAGCCACUCGCUGGAGUCUUUGCAAAGAAGGCGUGACAGGAUUUACACCUCUACUGUUUCAUCAACUACCACCACAACUACCACAUGUACCUCCUCAGAAUCCACUUCCUCAUCAUAUAGCUGGGAUGGUAGAGAUCACUGGGCUAAGACAUCAAGCCCUCAUGCUCGCACUUUAGCUACUUUGAACUCCCUGAUGGGUCGCAGUUUGAGCUUGGGAGACCUUAGCCACUCUCCACAGACAUUGCAAAAAGUGGAGCGCAUUGUAAAGGAGGUGAAACGUCGUGGACUUAAAGCUGUUCCAGAACGUGAUCAAAAGAUUGCUGCAUUAAUGCUAGCUAGAUACCAAGAGGAGGACAUAAUGAGUCAAACUCGCUAUGUAGCACACCUACAAUGGGACAGUGAGCGCAGACUAGAAGAACUGCGACGGGAGCGUGAAGAUCAGGAGAAACAGAGGGCUGUGCAGCAGUGUCAGCGUGCAUGGCAGUCACAAGUUUCCACUCGGCAGCGCUGGCUUAGCCAGCAGGAGCGAGAAGCUGCACAAGUAAAGCUUCGCCAGGUGGUUGAAAGUGAGGAGCGUUGGCGGGAGCUGGCCGAGCAACAAGAGCGCAGCAGGUUACAGAAGCUGCAACAGACUGCUCGCGAGGAGAAACAGAAGAAGGCACUACAGGAACAGAACCUUAAAGCUCUGGAUGAGGAGCGAGCAGCCAUGGUUGAGCAGGAGAAACUGCUCCUCAAGGAGAAACUGACCAUCGCUGAGCUGAAGCGACAAGAGCGAGAACACCAAAUUCAAGAAGAGCGUCGUGGACUCAACCGUGCUGAGAAAAGGCGCCAUGCAGCUCUUAUACAAGAGAUUGCAAGACGUGAAGUGGACGAGCGUGAAGAAGCACGUAGGACAGCAGAGGAGAAACUAAAUAAGUCCCUAGAAAACUACGAGCAAAUACAGGAACGACGUGGGCAAGAGUUAAAGGAGAAAGCUAAGCGAGAAGAGAAGCAGAUCCAGAGAGCACGUCUGGCCGCUGAGAAACGUGAGCAGCAACAAAAAGAACAGAUGGAGGCAAAGUCAAAGGAAUCAGAAAAGCGAGCACAACAAGCCACACAAAUGGCCGAAGAGCGGGCAAGGGAGAAGGCUCAACGUGCAGUGCAGAGCAGGCAGGAAAAGGAACGGCUUCAAAGGCUUAACCGUCAGCGUGUGGAGGAGGAGGAGAAACUGCGCCGCCUAGAAUUGCUGCAGUCCAUUGAGCGCAAACUAGAAAAAAGUGAACAGAUUUUCAGAGAAAAGCGUGCAGUGUUGGAAAGCGCCAGAUCAGUGGCACGUGCCUCUUUCCAUGUGCGGGACCGUGUCCGCGAAGAGACAAAUAUGCGCACAUUUGACAAGAUGGCCCUGGAGGCUCAGUUAAAAGCAAAUUUAGUUGAGAAGUGAGCUCUUUAAAGUUCAACUUGUUUGCUCUUUCCAUGCACAUCUGUCUAGAAAUAAGCUGUGCUAGAGCCUACAUGCUAGCCUCAUCUCCAAACCACAGCAACAAUUUAGCUGAUUGUGCCCUCAAGUGUCAUAUAAAAAGAUUCAUAUUUGUAUUCCUUUAUUCCUGAUGCUAGAUUAUUUUCAUCAUGUCAUGUGAAGAAAUAUUUUUUCAGAUUUAUUUUAUUAUUCUCAGAACUUUGUGCUUACAAUAUGUGUGGAUACUCAUUUGUUUGGGCAUGAAUGUCCUUUUUUCGGUACUUGGCAGACAUGUUGCUUUGGGAACUGUACUAUUUAGUAUAUAAAGAGUUCAUUGUUUACCAGGAAGCUUGGCACUAUGGCAACAGAGAUGGCUUCUUUCUAAGGCUGGCUUUAUUUUAGGGAAAACCUUGUUUUAGGAAUCUAGGUUGUAAGAGGGUGAGCCAUGACUUGACUGUUUAAACCAAACUUCAGUGAAUUGCUGACCCAGCAUUACAGCCGGGAGUAAGGUCAUGACAAAGAAUGAUCUCAGCACAGUAUAGUUGCUGAUGAAGCACAGGAGCUUUUGAUCAGCAACAAAACCAUCAGUUCUCAAAUCCACACUGACAUCACCUGCACUAAUCCAGGUUUGGAGUGGACAAGAUGGCGUUGACAUCCGUGAGGCUGAUUCAGUUAAAUAUACCCUAAGAGACUGCAAAAAACAUUUCAAUUUGAUCACAGGCCCCUUAUUCCCUUUCUGGCAGUGACUCAGCUAAGCAUGACGCAAUUGGAAGGCUAACACUGAUAAACACUAUAAACACUGAAGCUAUGCUGCUUAAAGGUUAUACAAGAUCACACAUCAACACUGCUUUUAACAACAUAAAAUCCCAAAAGAUACCAUUUCAUUUGUGUUGCUGUUAUGCAUUGCUGGUUAAAUUUGAGGGGCUAUUUAAAUGAAAGCAAAUGCAGUAGUGGUGCUGCUUAGUGACAAACAGUUAAUAGACAAUUACUAAUUACUGUUUAAUUGUUAGUUAUCUCAAAGGCCUGAAUGUAGACAGUUAUGUUGCAUAAAUCACUAUAAAAAAAUAAAGGAGAAAUAAUUUCCAACCUUUUUUUUUAUGUCUUUGGAAGGGUCAAUGUAAAA